AAAAUGGAGAAAUCAUCAAUCCGAUGCAUAUUCUUCCUUCUCUUCGUAAGCGCCGCCGCUGUUUCCCGUAUGAAUGCAGCAUCAAGUGGCGGAGAAGUCGAGGAUGAACAUGAAUUCGACUACGAGAAGAACGGGGCGAAGGGGCCGAAGAAUUGGGGGAAGCUGAAGCCGGAAUGGAAAUUGUGCGGAGAAGGGAAAAUGCAAUCCCCUAUCGAUCUUUUCCACGACAGAGUUAGGCUUGUUUCAAAUACCGGAAUGCUUAAUGAAGAUUAUCAUCCCUCUAAUGCCGUUCUCAAGAACAGAGGCCAUGACAUGAUGUUGAAAUUCGAACAUGGAGCGGGAAGCAUUGAGAUCAAUGACAUGCAAUAUGAACUAGGACAGCUUCACUGGCAUUCACCCUCUGAACACACUAUCAAUGGCAAAAGGUUUGCUCUUGAGCUGCACAUGGUUCACGAGAGCAAAAACGGAAGUCUCGCUGUCGUUACUGUCUUAUACAAGAUCGGGAGACCGGACGGUUUUCUCGGCUCGUUGGAGAAGGAAUUGAGGGCUGUUUCUGAUGAACACGAGGGCGAGAAUAAUAUCGGAGUCAUCGAUGCGAGAAAAGUCAAACUCGUGAGCAGAAAAUAUUAUCAAUACAUUGGGUCACUUACCACCCCCCCUUGUACACAAAAUGUUCUUUGGACCGUCCUUCGAAAGGUAUAAUUAUCAUUUCGUUUUCACAUAAUUAAUUAAUGCCCACAAUUUAUAACGAUGGCUGC